UAAUGUCUGAUUAAUUCGACUAGUCGCAAGAAGGCAUUGUUUAAAAUGAAGUGCCUGAAAAUAGAGACUAAGAGCUACUUGAUUAAGUGGCCUCAAGGUAGAAUAAUGAGAAAAAACAAAAUUUUUAAAUUGAAGAAGAGGAUGAAUAAGAUUAAAAUCAACCUGUUGGUGCUAUAUAAGAAGUUGUGAAACCAGAAGAGAUUAAAAAGAACGUAUCUUAGAUUAGCAGCCCAUUAUAACCUAUUAUGAUAAAUAAAGCAGAAACUAAGAGAAUAGUACAUCAGGCUGCAUUGGAAAGAAAGACCGAAGCAUUUGAAUAAACAAAAAGUUUUGAACUUCAUAGAUCAUCAUAAAUUUUCUAACAUAGAUAAUUAGUUGAUUCUGUUUGGGCAAGAUUAUAGAAAGUAGUGGCUUCAUCUGAUGAAUCUAUGAAAUUUUUAGUUUCAUUUAUGAAAUAAAGAGUUGAAUAAGAAGAAUAACAAUUAAAAUACUCUUAAAAUGCUUAAUUGAGUAAGUUAUUUAAGGAUUUUGGUAAUAUUUGAAUAUAUACUUUAGAUGGUAAGAUUAUGUAAUGUAAUUAUCCUGAGUUUUCUAAAGCAGUAAGAACAAUUGAUUCUGCUAUGGAAAGAUAGACAGAUUAGAUUAAGAUAUUUAUUGUAUGGAUACAAAAUUAGACACGAGAAAGAUUAGAAUAAGAAAUGAGCAAUUUUACAAAUUAAAAUAGAGGUAUCAAUAUAUUGUAAAUAAAAAUAGACUUAAUAAAUUCAUAUAAUCGUUUCAAAAAAACAUUGGCAGAUUUAGAUAAAGAAGUUACUAAAUAUUUUAAUAAAUAUGAUAAAAUGUACUAAAAUAUGACAAUCAAAGGAAAGAAACCAUAAAAAGACUUUUUGAGAGCUGAAUUAAAGUAUAAAUAGGUAAAUUACAAUUAAUUAAUAUUUUUAGGCUGCUUCAAGAGUAGUAAUUUAUUAAAGAGAAUUUGGAACAUGGUUAUUAAAUAGUUGGAAUGAAAUAAAAUUAUUAGAAGUAUAAAGAUUAGAUUUAGUUACACAUACAUUAAUUGAAUUUUAAAAUCAGAUCAUGAAUGUGUAUGGUAAGAUUCCUUAAAAUGAUUCAAUUAUUGCAGCAUUGAAUGGAGUUAAGGUUUAAUAAGAAGUAUAGACAUUAUAUUCACAUGAUUUUGUACUAACAAAAUAGGAACUAGAAUUUAUUCAGACAGAAUAAUAAUAAGAAUUAGUUAAAUAUUUUCAAAGUUUCUAAGUAAAAAUUAAAAAAUAUUAUUAGGUUAUUGAUAAAUAUGCUGAAUUAUCUCAUCCUUUAAUUCUUAAAUAAUUUUCAGCUUAAAGAGAUGUUGGUACUAUCGGAAAGACUUGGAUAGAAACUGGAAUAAUUAUUACAGUUGAUCAUUACUUUUUGACUUUUGAUGGUAAACCAACUAGAUUUUCAAGGCCAGAAAACAAAUACCCACUUGAUGGAAUGAAAAUGACAACUAGAAGUCCUUUAGAAUUAGAGAUUUAAUUUAUAAUUCCUGGAUUAGUUAUGGAUUCAAAGAAAAAAUUACUAAUUCAAUUUAAGAAAUCAGAUGAAUUGGAAGAAAUGAUGUAUUUUCUAGAUACAGUUGGGCAAAAUAAAUUUGCUUUAAAUUGAA